CCGCCCCCUCCCCAUGGAUAGGAACUACCCCAGCGCCGGCUUCGGGGAUCCGCUGGGCGCCGGCCCGGGAUGGAGCUACGAGCGCUCGGCCAAGGCCAGCUUGGUGUACGGCGGAUCCCGGAGCUCGCACCCAGACACGGAUAUUUUGCAUCGCCAAGCAUACGCCACUCCCCAUCCUCUCCAGGGCUAUGCCACAAACCAUCAUCCAGCAGGUCUCUCCGGCCUGUUCGAGACAGGGCUCCAUCAUGCCAGCAGUGCCACCCCGGACGCCUCUGUCAUGAACCUCAUCUCGGCGUUGGAGUCGCGGGCACCCCAGCCGGGCCCUUCUGCCUCCUCCCUCCUCUCCCAGUUCCGUACCCCAUCCUGGCAAACAGCCAUGCACACUCCAGCCCCGGCCGAGCUCUUCAUCUCAGGAGCCCUCCCAGGCUCUGGCACCUUCCCCUCCUCGUCGGCGCUCUCCGCAUACCAGCACCCGGCCUCCUUCAGCGGGCGCAGCUUCCCGGUCACCUCCUCGCUCACCCUGCAGGAUGCCACCUUCAGCCCCACCUCCAAUGGCCUCCUGUCCCCCCAUGACCCCCUGCUCCACAUCAAGUCCUCUCAGUCCAGCGUCCCAUCGUCCCUCAGCUUCGAUCGGCUGGGCAGUGCGGUGCUGGGCACGGGGCUGCCCUCCCAGAGCUCGGCUUACCGCAGUGCCCAGGAGUCGGCGUCCCGCCACCUCCCCUCCCAGUUCAACCUGCUGUCGUCGUCGCUGGGGCCCUCCGACCAGACGUCCCAGCUCUACAACACCUCCGUCUUCUCCAGCUCGCCUGCCUCCUCCAUCGAGCGGGCCAUCCCCCGGCAGGACAGCGUGAUCAAGCAUUACCAGCGGCCCUCAAGCGCCCAGCCCCAGCUGCCGUCCGCCCAUUCCCUCCAGCAUUACCUGAGCUGCGGGGGCAGCUACCAGCAGAUGCCCCACCGCUCCAGCCUUUCCUGCAGCCCCUUGGGUGAGCAGUCCCCCGCCAGCAGUGAAGGCUCCCAGCAGCAGAAGACCUCCCAGGCCACCCGGCAAGAGCCCUCCCAGAGCUACCGCCCCAUCAUCCAGUCCCCGGGCUACUCCAGCACGACCUCCUCCUCGAAGUCCAAGAGCUACUCGGCCUCCCGCCAGCCGCCCCGCUCCACGGCCACGCCCAAGUGCCAAAGCAACUACAGCUCGUCCACGCCCAAGCCCAGCUCUGUCAUCUCGAGCCAGUCGCAAGCCUAUUCGCCCGGGCAGCCCCAGAGCCUGCUUUCCAUGAGCCAACCGCAGAGCUACUCGGUCAGCCAGCCGCAGAACCUGUCUUCGGUCAGCCAGGCCUCGCAGGGCUUCAGCAGCAGCCAGGCCCAGGACCUGACCAGCGUCAGCAAGGCCCAGAGCUACUCGACGGCGGGCCAGGCCCAACAGGGCCAGGCUGUGCAAGGCGGGCAAGGCCUGCAGACGUGUCAGAACCAGACUUACUCCCCCGAGCAGCUGCAGGGCCUGUCGUACAGCGUCCAGGCAGAGCCCCACGUGUCCGUGAGCCAGACACCGAGUUACGUGCCGGCCCAUUCGCAGGGGAUGCCCACGGCCAGCCCGUCGCUCAGCUACAGCACUGGCCACUCGCCUGCGAUGCCGGGGCACAGCCAGUCCAUCGGCUACUCGCACAGCCAAAACCUUCCGGACUCGAGCCCUUCCCAGAUCAUCCGGCCGCUCCAGUCGCCCACGACAAACCGGCCCCAGAGCGUGGCGUCGCCCGGGCAGUCCCAGAAGUAUCUCACGUCUGUGCUGUCUCCUUCCUUCAUGCAGUCGGCUCACACCCAAAGCUACCAGAGUUCCCAAGGAGGGCUGGAGAGGGCGUCCUCGUAUGGCAAAGCCAAGGCUGACUCGGACCUGCUGUCGUCCGAGCGGACGGAAGACGAGGAGUUCCUGAUCCAGCACCUGCUGCAGUCGCAGAGCCCGCCGCGGGUGCCCACCGAGGGCAUGGUGGAGUGCGAGGAGCGGGCCGGCAAAGGGAUGGGGUACGAGCUGAGCAAGACCGAGGAGCGCUACCACCUGCAGAGCGUCAUACGGACCAACUCCAACUUGGACAACCAAGGCCUCGAGAUGUCCCUUCAGAGCCUGAAGGACAAGAAGAAAGGGGAGAGGCCCAAGGAGUAUCAGCACACGCGCUCCACGCCCGAGUCCCUGGCCACCUCCGUCGUCCACUACAGUCACCAGGCCGGCUCCAUGGACUCCUACGGGCAAGACAUCAAGAAGUCGGUGGAGCAGCAUCUCCAGGGGGGCCACAUGGACGCGGGCAGCAAGGAGAUAUCCCAGGCUCACUCGUACUUGCAGAAGACUCCCGAGCACGCCCCCCAGCCACACCCCAUGGAGUCCCACGGGUUGAUGUCCGGGCAGCAAGGGGCCACGCUGAUGCUGGACUCUCCUCCCGACCUUCCCCCUCUCGCCCUUUCCCAGCAGCAGCAACAGCAGCAGCAGUCCCAGCUGCUCCAGUCGGUGCUGACCCACACCCAGAGUCAGCUGCACCCCCGGGGGAAGGUGCGCACCCCGCUGGACGUCCACCUGAUGGAGCCGCAGCGCAUGCACCAGGCAGAGGCACCCUCGCCACAGCUUCAGAUGCAGGCCCUGGAAGCACACCUGCACCAAGCCCACGUGCGCUCCCAGAGCAUGGAGGCGCAGCUGCUCGAGCCGCAGCAGUCGCCGCAACUGCAGGGCCAGCUGCAGCAGGAGAGAAUGCAGUCCGAGGGCAUGGAGGUGAUGCCCCAAGGUAACCUCUCCCAGUCGCAAGAGAUCCAGGACUUCUUGGAACCGGAGCUGAGCCUGGAGUCCCACCUGGGACAAGGCGGGUCGGUCCAGACACAGCAGCAUCUCCUUCCCGAUGCCAGCUUGGACCCGGACUCCUCUCAGCAGGUCCCUCAAGGCCAACUGGAGGGCAAGGACCAGUUCGAAAGCCCCAGCCCGCAAGGGGCCAAGCAACGCUUCGUCCCCCUGACCUCCAUCUGCUUCCCGGACUCUUUGUUACAGGACGAAGACCGUAGCUUCUUCCCGGGCAUGGAGGACAUGUUUGGGCCGCCUCCUUGUGCCGGGGAUGAGUUCCCAAAGCCGGACGAUGGCACGCAGGGCAUGGAGAGGGGAGAGGGGAUGAAAGGGGGAGGUUACGACAUGAUGCCCGGAGGCCAGGGGUACCAGAGUUACUGCCCCUCGGAAAGUGGGGACGGACAGCACUUGGGGUUGGAUUCUGUGUCGGUGAAGCAUGAGUUGCCCUCGACUGUCAACACGGAACAGCUGGGACUAAUUCAGUCUGGACAGCACGGGACGGUGCCCGUUUCCGAAUCCAAGUCAGGUCUAACGUCGCCCAUUUUUUGCUCGUCCAAACCCAAGAAGCUGCUAAAGACCUCGUCCUUCCACUUGUUGAAAAAGCGGGAGCCGCCGUUCCAGCCCCCCAAAAAGAACUACGCCCAGGAGUAUGAGUUUGAGGAUGACGAGGAUAAGGAGGACGUCCCGGCCGACAUCCGCCUUAACAGUCGGCGUCUGCCCGACCUGCUUCCCGACCUCAUUUCCAGCUGCCGCACCAACCGGACCACUCUCAGCCCCAUGGGGGACAUAGACUUCUGCCCCCCUAACAGCGGCCUCAUGGACGGGCCCAAACGCCGGGGGCGCAAGCCCACCAAGCCCAAGCGGGAAGGCCCGCCCCGCCCCCGUGGGAGACCCCGCAUCAGGCCUCUGACGGAACCGCCUCACGGCGUGGCUCAAGACGGAACCAAGAAGCCCCGCGGCAGGGGGAGAGGGAGGGGAAAGAAGGCUGGGGAGGAGGGGGUUGAACCCGGAGCCGGCUUGGAGUCCCUCAAACCUCUCAAGAUCAAGUUGCCAGUUCCCAAAGGUCUGGAGGGGACUCGGUUGGAGGCUCCCGCUCCGUCUCAUCAGCCUCCGCAAGAGAGCAGUUUGGACAACUCCCAGACCCGGGAGAAGAUCAAGCAGAAGAUCAAGGAGGUGGAAGAGAAGCAGCCGGAGAUGAAGUCGGGGUUCAUGGCGUCCUUCUUGGACUUCCUCAAGUCGGGCAAGCGUCAGACGUUGCCUUCCUCUUCCACGUCAGCCACAGUGGGGGGCCCUGGGGCGGCAGCCGCAGUGGCCUCCUCCUCAGGCAGCCCCUCCAAGACACCACGCCCCCCGUCCGCUACGUCUUCGUCGUCAUCUUCCCAGCCCCCGCCUCCCUUCAGCAUGGGACCUCCGAUGCUGACGGGGGGCCUGGAUGGGCCCGAAGGGGAUCCGGCCGGGCUCGUCAUGAGCUGCACCAGCCCCUGCAAGCGGCUGGAUGAGGAGCUAAAACGUAACCUGGAGACGCUGCCCUCCUUCUCGUCUGACGAGGAGGACUCGGUGAGCAAGAACCAGGACCUCCAGAAGAGCAUCUCCUCGGCUAUCUCGGCGCUGUAUGACCCCACGGACCGCAAGGAGGGAGAACCCAACGAUGUGCCACCAGUGGAGGAGAAGCCCCCCAGCCCAGCUCCAUCAGUGGAGGCAGAGACGCAACCAGAGCUGCCGCCACCCCCCAUCUCCCCAGCCCCCUCACCCAAGGAGGCCCCCCCGGUGCCCGAAGAGCUGCCAGCUCAAGCAUCCCCCGAGCCCGAGGAUCCAGAGGACACGCGGCCCCUUCACCUCGCCAAAAAGCAGGAGACGGCGGCCAUUUGCGGGGAGACGGACGAAGAGGAUGCGGAGAGCGGCGGGGAGGGGAUCUUCCGAGAGCGCGAUGAGUUUGUCAUACGAGUUGAAGACGUUCAGGCCCUCAAGCUUGCCCUUCAGACUGGGCGGGAGCCACCCCCAAUCUGGCGGGUACAGAAAGCUCUGCUUCAGAAGUUCACCCCUGAAAUCAAGGACGGGCAGCGUCAGUUUUGUGCUACCAGCAACUAUUUGGGUUAUUUCGGCGACGCCAAGAACCGGUACCAACGGCUGUAUGUCAAGUUCUUGGAGAACAUCAACAAGAAGGAUUAUGUCCGGGUCUGCUCCAAGAAGCCUUGGCAUCGGCCCUUGCAGGCUGUCAGGAGACAGAGCCAACCCAAGGCCUCUGGCCCCAAGGCUCCUGUGACGCCCAAAGUGGAGAAACCCGAGAAGCUGGAAGUCCCGGAGAAGGUCGAAAAACCAGACAAGCCCGCCAAGGCCGAGAAGACCCCCAAGGCUGAAAAAGCGGACAAACCCGAGAAGCCCCCCAAGGCUGAUAAAGGGCCUAAGCUGGAAAAGCCUCCCAAGUCCGAGAAGCCCGAAAAGCCCCCCAAAGCGGAAAAAGCAGCCAAGGCAGAGAAGCCCCCCAAAGUGGAGAAAACUGACCCCCCUGUGCCUGCCCCCCCCAAAGCUGCCCCAGCCAGCGGGACGUCUAAACCCAAACCCAAGCCAGCCAAGGUCAAGGCUGAACCACCCCCCAAGAAGAGGAAAAAGUGGCUGAAGGAAGCGGCGUCCUCCUCUGACUCGGAUUCCAGCCCUGACCAGCAGAGCGAGGAAGAGCGUGUGCCAACAGGCCGUAUUCUGAAUACGCGAGCCAUGAAGGAGAUGUAUCGCAGCUACGUGGAAAUGCUGGUCAGCACUGCCCUUGACCCGGACAUGAUCCAAGCUCUCGAGGAUACAAACGAUGAACUUUAUCUCCCACCCAUGAGGAAGAUUGAUGGGAUAUUGAAUGAUCACAAAAAAAAGGUGCUGAAGAGAGUGUCUCUUAAUCCCUCGCUACAGGAGGCACUCCACACGUUCCCUCAGCUCCACGCCGAAACGUGCGACACCAUGGUCAAGUUGCGCCCAGGUGGUGAACCUUACAACCGCAAGACACUCAACAAACUCAAGAAGAAUGUAUCCAAACCGCAGGAAUUCAGCGUGGAAGUGGAUAAGUCCUUUUUCUACACUCUGUACCAUUCCCUUCACCACUACAAGUACCACACCUUUCUGCGUUGUAAGGAUGAGACGACAGCGAUCGAGGGUGAGGACGAGGAUCUGGGCCAGGAGGAGGUGGUACAGCAGUGCAUGCGGAACCAGCCGUGGCUCGAGAAACUGUUUGACUCCUUCAGCGAGUUGCUGACUCAGGCGCAAAGCAAAUGCGCGUGACGUGCGUGCAGGCCGCCCAGAGCCACGCCCCGGGAGGGGCCGCCUAAAGCCCGCCCCUCUGCAGAGCCAGAGCAGGAAGUGGGGAGAGGAAGGUCGAGAGGGGUACCAUUGCAGGCAACGAGUUCAGACUCCGCUCAAUACCGCUACCACC